CUACCCCGGGCAGCCAUCUUUAUUUUGGAAACGUGAAAUUUCUGUCGGCAAUUCAGGCAAUCUUUGGUACUUCCAGCCGUCGAACUACGAUAGCAAACCGGUCACGCAUUUGAAGCAUUAGGGCAGCAAACCCCAGAUACAAAGAAAAAGGUGCCGAGAAGUGAUUACAUCAGGACGGGGACAGGCUGGUCUCGUACGCAUUGCUGUCUGUAGAAAAAAGCCAAACGGAACGGAUCGAAAUAUAAGCGCAAGGGGGGCAUUAUUAGUGUUCUCUGCGGGUUUUCGGUGUGUGUGCGUUGUGCUGUUGUGUCGCGACAGAUAGUAAGAACGGAGAAUAGGAAGUGCGCCAAUGUUUGUUUCCCAUCGGUGCUGCAUCAGAAGCUUCUUUAUUGACGGCAAUUCCUUGAGCGGAUCGUGUGGAUGGACAGUACGCAGCAACAUGCGGGAGGAAUAAAACAGUUGAAAGGAUUCCCUCUCACAGGUGUGUGAGGAAACACACAACGGAACAUUGGUGCUUCUACGCGCACAUAAUAUGAGCUUGUUUUGAUAGUGGUGUGCGUAUGCGUACGUUAAAAGCCUCCGCGGUUCUCUGUGGUGUUCUGACUCCGUUACGAAGUACAGCGAAUCGAAUCCCUGCUCGGGGUUCACAAGAAACUGAAUUGGAACCUAGAACAGGGCAUGUUGUCAUUAGCGGCACAUCGGAAGAACUAUAAAUAUACGUAAGAACCGUCGCCACACCAGGAAUAGAGACGGUAUUUUUUGCGGCACGAGAUUAAAAUAGUGUUUGGACGAAACGGGCAGCAGGAAGCGCAGCAUUUAACGUCAAGCAAAUACACCGAAAAGGAUCACACACACGCACACAAGCAUAUCGAAUCCUCUGUGCAACAAAGGAGACCCGUACGCACAGCAGCUGUCGUGCGUCCAUCGCCGCCGUCCGUGUCGCUGAGAUAGCAGUUUGGGUGUGUGCGUGUGUGAGGGUUGGCAAGGAGAAUAAAGGAUUAAAGCCUGCGCUAUUGUGUGUUGUGUGUGCGUACCGCUUUGCUGCUGAUCGUGCGUGUGUGUUUGUGUGAAGGACACGGCGGUGCUCUGUUGCAGCAAGGGUUCCGGUUGUUCGUGGUGGUGUCUUCUCUGAGGCUUUAGCUCUGUCUCUAAGGCGAACCGAAUAGACAUCGCCAGGGCGCAACGUACUCUGUGGAAGCGGGUGAAACUGGAGUACCGUGCACCGGGAAAGCCGGGGCUACGACGGAAAAGUGAAGGGCUACGUCGAUCCGCUGGAGGAGGAGUACCUGAUGAUGUCCUCCCACCAUCACCACCAUCCGCAUCAUCAUCACGAUAACAUCAUGUCGGAGGUGGAAGUGCCGGAUGCAAACAUAGUGGAGGUGGUGGACGGAAGUACCGGGUUCGGGACGGAGAUAGACUACGAUCAGUACGGUGGUGUGAAUGGGCACUACGAGGAGGUAACAUGCGAAACGGAAGACUCCCAGGGGUUGAUGGGACACCAUCUGCACCACGGGGACGAUGACGAGGAGAUACUUCACCACGAACCAGACAUUGGACAGGCAGUGCAUGAGGAGGUGCUGGAUUCGUCCGGCGAUGCUAUGUGCGUGUACGGGGACAUUAAUCUGGAGAAUGAAAUCUACAUCGAGUCGGCAACGACCAACCCCGGACCAUCGUCCCGGAAACGAAAGUCACUGAAGCAGUCCAGGAGCAGUGGCACGAUGAAUCGUAUCCGAGCGAACGAUAACCAUAGCAACCAUCACAGUCACCAUCACCACGGGUUGACGGCGGUGGAGCAGUUGGACGUGAAUCAUAAGCGACGCCGUUGGGAACAAAAACAAGUACAGAUCAAAACGAUGGAGGGUGAGUUUAGUGUGACGAUGUGGGCGUCCGGUACGGAUGAUGACGACGGUUCCAAUCCGGAGAUCGAUCCAGACUACACGGAGUACAUGACGGGCAAGAAGAUCACACCGGACUGCGACAGUAUACCGGGCAUUGAUCUGUCCGAUCCGAAGCAGCUGAGCGAAUUUACCCGGCCGGCAUACAAAAUGAAAGGCGGCAGUGGCAAGCUGUCUUCCAGCUUGUCCACCAACAUGUUUUUACCGGAUGGACCGGGGCUAAUAUUCGGCGGUGUCGGUGGUAGCAGCGGUGGCAAAUCAUCCUCCGACGUGUCCGAUCGCAACAUUGCCUGCCCGCACAAGGGCUGUAUAAAGAUGUUCCGCGACAAUUCGGCCAUGCGGAAACACCUGCAUACACACGGCCCCCGGGUACACGUGUGUGCCGAAUGUGGCAAAUCGUUCGUCGAAAGCUCGAAGCUAAAGCGCCACCAGCUGGUCCACACGGGCGAGAAACCAUUCCAGUGUACGUUCGAGGGUUGUGGCAAACGAUUUUCGCUCGACUUUAACCUCCGGACGCACGUGCGGAUACACACCGGCGACCGGCCGUACGUGUGUCCGUUCGAUGGCUGCAACAAGAAGUUUGCCCAAUCGACCAACCUCAAAUCUCACAUUCUAACGCACGCGAAGGCGAAGCGCAACAGCAGUAGCAGUAGCAGUGGCAGCAGCAGUAGAAACCAGAGUCUUAUGCAGACGGCGUCGCCGCAUCUCAUGCCAUCGGGUAUUUUGCCACCGCAAGCCUUUGUGAAGAUGGAAUCGGUCGAGAUCGACAACGAUGCGUCGCAGUACAUAAUCUACACGAAUUAAAGGGAACGACCGUCUCCGUUAGCACGGCUAUCAUGCGUGCACACACACACACACACACACACACACACAUGUGCACAUACAAUCCGGGACGUACAAUUUGCCAUUAAUCUUUGAGGAACACCGAAGUGUAUAAAAUUUUACUAAGUCGAACGGACAAUAUUCAGUUAUAGACGCAAAACGUGAUAAGUAUGAGAAUCACAUCAGAUAGAGAGGAUAAGAUAUCCGUGUCUUGCGUAUGUCCAGUGUGCAAUGUGUUAGGGCAUGAUCUAUGUUGUAGAUUGUUAAUCGAAAUAAUUUACAGCAAUUGAUGAUCGUUCAGGAGCAAUGCGCAAAAUGGUUUGAUAAAAGCCCACUGUCGGUCAUUCAAUCGGCCUGCAUCAUGUGUGUGUGUGCGCAUCAAGGUUUGAUUUUUAGCACAACCUUCAGUUUUAGGUUUUUGGUCUACAUUUGAAGAACUAUUCUUUAAUCAACCAUUAUUGUGGCUACAGAGUACAAGGUUGCAUUUCGCUGUACAGAAGAAAAUAGUCAUCAGAGUAAUAUCUUGUACUAUUCUUGCAAACAUUAUCGAUGUGCAGAUAGCAUUAGCAGUAGUACACACACGCAUUAGGGCAAAGAGAAUCAUAUGAGUUACAGUCAUUUUUAGGAGGUAAGAUCAACCCUUUUGUUUCUAAGAAUCCCAACACUCAUUGUACAUAAUCCCCAUAAACCCACACCAUAUAUCUCGGGACAUCUUAUAGUAACCUCUAGCGCGCGCAAUAGAGCAAAUGCACUUUCGCGGAUGCAACGUCCGUAUUAGCAACAGGAAGGAGCAAUGAUUAUGGCCCACACAACACACACUACAGGGAUGGACCUCCCUUUCAAACCCUACACACAUGUAUGUGGUUCAAGAGAGAUCAUUUUUGUAUGUUGCAUGUGCGGAUAUUGUGUAAGGUUCAUAACUCAUCGACAAAAGGAACAGCAAGAAGCUUUAUACGAGGAUAAUAUUCUAUGUACAAACAUUUUGGAAUCGCGCAAGUCACCCAGCGGAACAUUAAAGUGAAGGAAAAGGAAGGUUUGUGGUGCGUGUAUGUACCGGCUUAUGGAAAGAUCGACGGGGAGGAGAGAAAAAAAAACUGUACAUAGCAAAAAGUCAUUUGAGCAGGUAGAGUAAGGUUCCUUUUGUUUCCGCCAUGGACUAUUAUCAUUUUGGUUUUGUAUGAUCUAUUUGAGGCGAAAAUAGAACAGAAAAGUGCAGAGCUGUUGCAAGAAAUAUUAUAA